GGUUCAGUCAAAGAGUCUCCAAUUGAUAUUAAUAGAGAAGAAACAGAAAUUAGAUCGUUGACAUUAGAAGUUGAAGUAAUCAUUAAUCAAUUGGCAAAUAUUCAAGAUAUAGAUACUCAUAAUGAAAGAGAAGAAAUAGAAAUUAGAUCAUUGACAUUAGAAGUUGAAUCAUUAAGAAAUCAAUUAGAAAAUAUUCAAAGUAUAAAUACCGGUAGUGAAAGAGCUGUCCUCACCACUACUAGUGAUGUUGCUACCAUCACUGGUAGUGAUAGAAUAAAUGAUUCAGUAGAAGGAGAUAACUUGACAACUAUUGCGAAUAAGAUUUUGGGUUUAAGUUAA